UUCUCGUUCAAACCCUAGGGGGCAUGAAGCGCCCGCGACGGCCACUGGAGCUGGAGGAUGGAAUCUCAGACGCCGACGACGACGGCGAUGUUGGGCGCAAGGCAGGCACGAGGGUGGAUUCUAGCCUUGAUCCGAUCGAUAGUGAUACCACGUCCGAGGAUGCAUCCUUGACCAAGCUUUCUGUGCAAGAGCUUCAAGAGUUUAGCAGCGACGGCGGUGGUCUUCCGGCAGAAACCUCGUCAAAGUUUAAGUUUGAAGCGCUCUUGGCACAACUGGGAGGGCGCCACAAUCACUUGAGCUCAGACAUGAAACCAGCUGAUGGUUCUCUCACUUUACGAGUGCUCGAGAAAUCGUCGCCUGAGGCACAUCUCACAUCCACAAAGUGCGAGGUUUUGGAGACCUUUGAAGCUGUCACCGCUAUUUUCGACAGCCUUCCUCCCGAUGUACAGGUCGGAUGUGUUGUAUCCAUCCAUCCUCCAUGUAGCGAGUGUUAAAGGACAUGGAAGAGUACUUCUCGUUCCUCGUUUUGAGCUUCUCUUGGCCCAAAAGGACGUGGAUUUCCCUUGAAAGUACAGUCGAAACUUCUCGUGCUGAA